AUGUCUGUACGAAAGUGCCCCUAAGCACGAAGCUCGAGCGACGGUCGUCUGGCGAAAAGCAGCCUCUCGAAAAUAUCCUCACGUAUCUUCCUUUGCUGCAAGAAGAGAAAUGACUUCGCACACGUGGAAUUUGUUCUGGGGUUCUUCCUUCGUGCGCACACCCCUCAGGAACGGCGUAGGGAGAUAUGUUCAGCAGCUCCAAAGAAUUACGUUUAAGUUUUGCAAGACCCAUGGUGGUAGUCAAGGGAUGAGAGAAUUCAUUGAGAAGGACCUUGUUCAUUUUGCAAAAGUGAACCCAGGAGUAGUUGUGUACCUUAAACCACGCCGUCACAGAUCUCCAUGCCUCAAGGCUGAAUACUUAAAUGGUGAGGAAGAAUAUAUCUCGGCUCACAAACUUUCAAGUAGCGAUAUCAAGAAAUGGGUUGAAUACCUUAGAAUGCGGUCAGGAAAUCCAGUGGAGCGUCUCAGAAAGUAUCAGCAUACAGAUCACCCAUCCAUUCAAGGCCCUUGGACACCCUGGACACAUCGAGAUCUUGAGAUUAACGUUGCUGAAUUUCCCAGUGAGAAGCUGUCUGCAGCUCAUGUGACAGAGAAGACUGCAACAGAACAGAUGAUAGAAUUAUUUGAAAAGCAGAAGAUUGCCAGUGGAUCCAAUACAACAGAAUGAGUUCUUUUUAAGUAUCAGUUAUUACGUAGGUUUAACUGAAGUAACAGUGAAAGCGUGAAAACAUUACUGUAAGAAAAUAGAGAGAGAAAAGAUAUAAAAGAAUAUUUUCUUCAUUCAAGACAUAAGGAUUGAUUUAAAUAUUUAAAUUAUGAUAUAUUGUUAAAUCAUGAUUUUGAAAAUAUGUUUUACAUACAACAAAGCAGAAAUUGUUAUUUGUUAAUCAUGUAUCUUCUGCAUUACUGAACUAGAUAUUACAAACUGUAAAGUGUAUAUAUGUAUGAAUUUUGUAAAUAAAUGUUUUGUGAA